CCUCUCUCAUAUCCUCCAGCCGUCGUCAGGUAAGCAACGUAUGCGACGUUCAGGUAUACAUCGUGGAUGUUGGCAGGAUUUUGUAGGUGGUUGCUAGUGACCGGCUUCUCGUUUACCAGUGUGGGGAUAACUGGAGCUUCGGCUUAAGUCAAGUGUAUCACAUCGGGACGAAGUAGUACACUGUUUCGUUGCAAAGUGCGUGCACCGGGUACCCGCAUAUACGUCGAUCAUCGAGAACAUAGAUCCCGGAUCGCAGAGCUUUGAGAAGAGCGGAAAUUCAUCGACCGGAUAACACGAAAGAAAACCUCUCAUUUCAGCAACGCUCUUGCUGAUUGAUGAGUUAACGGCAGAAGAUAUGCGACUCUACGCUGUUGCACUUGUUAUAUGGACGGCAAUCGUAACAACGUCCUCAGAAUCUAACGUCGCGGAUUUUAGCGACGAAAAGGCUGUCGAAUUUCGUGAUUCGCUGGUGAAGCAAAUAGCGCAGCCUUACGUGACGCGCAGCAUAAAGAAAAGAAGCAUUGAACAGAUCGGCAUCGAGGACCGUUCGAGCGACAGUCCCACUGAAUUAAGUAGAUCAGUGACUUGCGCGGAGAGUACGAGCGGAUCGAAUGGCGUUUCCACGAUCGAUCCCGCCUCGUCGGGAGAAUCGGUUUACGCUCAGACACCGCUCACCGAGACGACCGACAGAUACUCGUUUCGAGAGCGGCCCGGCGACGGAUACGCGAUACCCGAAGAGGACGUGCUCCUCGUAGAAAGCGCUUUCGGACAGAGAGUUCCACCGGAUGAACGGAUAAUCGCCGGACGGUUCAAAACGAACAACGACCGACCAAGUGGCGACUAUAUGAGUUUCCGGAAGACUAUCAUCGCCGUUUCGCCCUUUAAAGAGGAAAAUAACCAGAAGAAGAUCCAUGUGCCGAGCACUCGGAAACCUUCAGUGCUCGCAUUGAGAAAGAAAAGCGAUUCGUCCGACAAUUCUAAAGAUCCUAAGAAAAUUACCGGACCGAAGAAUCUCGGUGGAAACCCACACCUCAGGAACUCGACGGAGGGCUCGUCGAACGGCACUUCAGUCCUCGAAAACGACAUCGUGUUCGAGUAUCUCCCGGACCCGCAAAUCCGCUCGUCACGAGCGCAUAACGAGGAUACAUCGAAACAAGUUGAAGUAAUGCCUACCGAGAAGUCGGGAAACGCCGUGACGUCAAUAUCCGUAGAGAUCAGCCCCUCGUUACAGCUAACCAAGUUCUCGGGUCCCAUCGUGGUAGCCGACUUACCCGCGCGGAAGGCUCAAGACUCGACAGUUGAUUAUACGGACGGGAGUAGUCCGUCAGAAGCGUUCAUACAGCUAGAGGAUAUCGGAGCUCCGGAGAUCAACACCAGAAGUUCCAAGACGGCAGCUUCCAAUAGUAUAACGGUUUCUUCGCUCAUGCUGAAACCUUUGCAGGUCGGUAUUACUCUAGUGAACGAGGCUGACGAGCUUUCCGCCGCGACAGAAACGAAGGACUACUUCCGGGAGGAUUUACAGCAACGUUUAGUGGGACUCGUCGAGAACAAUGGGAACCACUCGACUGUCAGGUAUAAAGACGAGAAUGUUCAACACAACGAAGGAGAAAGAGCAAUCGAGGUCGUUACGCAAAAGCCGCCGGAUAAUUCCGUCGAGAUUCAAAAGUCCGUCGAGCUGUAUCACACCGCGCCGGUACAUGAGAUCCAUUAUCCCGUGGAAUACAUCCAGCAGACCGCGCAUCUCGGUGUCAUCGAGACGAACAGCAUCGGGAACGCACAGAGAUUGAGACAGCCGUACGAUCAAGACGGGCGCUUGGAAUCGCGAUUAAAUUAUGACGCUUACCAAGGUAACAACGAGAAGCCCGUCAUCAAGGGGCACGCGGCUUCCGCGUACAACCGGCAAGAGUACAAUGUUCUCGAGGAUGAUGUCGGCAAACCGGAGUACUCAGCGAGUAAUCAACCACCCGUUGACAGCAGCCUUAAGACGCCGUUGCGAUAUGAGGAAGCGAGGCCUGAGUUGUUGCUCGUGAAUCAGUUCGACAAGACGUUGUAUGAGCAAUCGUCCAACGCACGUCACAUCCUGAACAAUAUGGACAACAACGCGACUCUGCGCUAUAAGCUCGCCGAGAAUCCCACAAGACACGAAGUAACGGACGAGUUCGUGAAACCGUACGCAACAACGGCUGUAUCGUAUCAGGAACCGCCAUCGGUGAUCAGUCACCCGGUCCAAUCGGAAGCGAGAAGACCGCAAGAACAGCUCCUUCUCAAAAUUAUUCCGAACGGGGCAUCGGUGGAUGCGGGAUUCUUAGUGCCGAUCCCGCGGCCGAUCGAGAAGGUUGUCCGUGUGCCGGUUCAGAUGGAGAAGGUGAUCGAGAAGAAGGUGCAAAUACCGUAUCCUGUGCCGGUCGACCGGCUGGUGGAGAAGCAAAUCCGUGUGCCGCAUCUCUAUCCGAUCCACAGCGUGAUCGAGAAGAGGGUACCGUACAUGGUGCAACGACUGCAACCUCCGUCGCCACUGCACUUCAGGUCUCCCAUGAUUUAUUCGAUCGAACGACCGGUGCAUGCGGCGAUCGAGCGACCAUCGUUGGAACAAUUAGCGCAGGGGAUCGAGAAGAGCGUGGAGAAACCGGUAGUCGUAUCGUCACGACCUCCUCGUACGGACGGUUCGGUUGAGACAAAACACAAGUAUCAACAAAGACCGCAGAUUUUUGCCGAUGAGGAUCUCAGCUACGACAUCGAAUCGAACGCCUCACAAUUUUACGGCGAUCCCUACGCUAAGCUCCCGUCCGGUUCAUACGGGCAGCUCGACGACGGCGGCGAUAAGUAUCACGUUCCCGCAGCGACGCAUUUACCAAACAACAUGCGGCUGAUGAUAGUGCCAAAAAAGUUUGCUGCUCAGCAUACGGUGUUGCUGCGAUCGUCGCCGUCAUACGCGAUGUUACCGGUAUCCUUCAGACGGCAAAUCGUCUACAAUCUCGUGGAGAAAGACAAUGUAAUUAAAAACAUAGGCUCGCUAUCGCCACGCAAGGCCUUGGUCUCGCAGGUAAAACCGCUUUUUCCGGUCGUGAAACCAAGCCUGUUCUCCACGAGUGUCACUCAGUCACCGACAACGACUACCAUCGGCGGUUUGAGGAGAACCAGACAACCGGGACAGUAUGCCGGGAGUUUUAGGCAGUCGAAGAUGGAAUACGGUUUCAAACCACCCAUGGUGCCGUCCGUUCAAUACGACGAAAAAACCGCCAGUAAAGUUGAGAAGUAACGCGACGAUAAGGAUUUAUUAAUGCUGAUACUUAUAAUAGUGCAAGAGCGAGUUUAGAAA